AUGACCCCUGCCACCCGUCCCAAACGGAAGGCAGCGACGAAUAAGAGCUAUACCUACGACGAUCCGGGGCUCCACGAUGCGUUGCUGGCGGCAAAACCGGCGAAACCGCUCCCGCCGCUGACGAAUGGCACCACGCCCGGGUCGAGUCACCGCAAGCGCAAGGGGGCCGUGGUGCUGCCAACGAAGCCAGUGAUGAACUGGCAGCCUCCCGAACAGCCGACGGACCACUUCAGCAACCGGUUGGACUUGUCGGGAGCCUAUGUCGACGUCGACAAGCAGCGGUUGGUGUGUCCCCAGCAUGAUGAGCCCCUCCCGGAACUGCCGUGGAUAAAGCCUUCAAAGCGCCCGUUUACUCUCGACAAAGGCGACUAUAUCUAUAUGGUGCUGGAGCCUCCUGGAGAGCCCUACUAUAUCGGCCGAAUCAUGGCGUUCUCCCCGAAACUGCCUCAUCUCAAAUCAGAGCAUGGCAAACGCGCCCCCGCCAAGGAGUUCCAGUUCCGUAUCCAGUGGUUCUAUCGCCCGAGGGACAUCCUGAAACUGACGUCAGACCUGAGACUUCUCUUUGCUCUGAUGCACACCGAUUGUUGUCCUCUUAGUAGUUACAGAGGUAAAGUGGUGGUGAAGCACAAACUGGAGAUUGAGGACUCUGGCAAAUCCCAAAAGGGUCAAGCGAACCGGGCCCUGACGCCGCUGGCGGCGUUGGACCACUACGCGCUGUUCCCCCUGCAUUUCUACUUCGAUAAGUUGUUUGACCGGUAUAUGAUCAAGUUCUAUGAUGUGUUGGCUACCGCUCAAUUACUCGAUGUGGGGAAAUCUGAGGGGCUGCCCCUGGCAAGCUACGUCGAGGCUUUACACAAACGGUUUGCCUACGUGUUCUGUGAGACGCUGAGGACAAAACUGCUAUUGGAGGUGUUGUCUCUGGCACUGAACAAUUGUGAGGCGUGUGGUGGGUUCUGCGAUCGAAACGACGACGUGGUGGUGUGUGGUGAGUGCGAUAAACACUUCCACAUGUACUGUCUUGACCCUCCAUUAGUGAAGAAGCCGCUGCGUGGGUUUAGCUGGACGUGUGCCAAAUGUACCCGUCACCAGCGAUUAGCCCACCAUGCUAAGCGAUUACUCAUGCUUUCUGCCGAUAAUAAGCUGCUGAACGAAGACGAUUUGGUGCUGGAACUUAGUGCCCUCGAGCCAGCACCGCCUCAGAAUGAUCUACCACUACUGCUGCGGCUGGAGACUCCCGUCGACCAUGUCCCCGUAUAUGAAGCCAAGGCCCGUGAGUUCUUAGCUCAGGAUAGUGAGAACUCCUUCAACCAGCGACGGCUCCAGGAAGAGUGGCUGAUGCGGUAUUUGGGGAUGCACGCUCGCCUUGAAGAUGGGGUGGACGUCGACGACCGUAACCCUUAUCCUCGAGCUCUGACCCGUCUCGGAGGACGUCACCAGGCAAGCUUGGUGCCUGAAUGCAACGACCACCCUGUGGUGUACUAUGACCGCAAAACCACGGCAAAGCCAAAGAAAACGGGAGGACGGCGGAAGAAUAAGGCCGAAGAGGAAGAACUUAAGCCGUUACCGGUACCUGAAGAAUACGCGGAUACUCCACCGAGCCAGUACCCCGAAUGGCUUCAACCUCGUCCCAAGGGGUAUAUUGAGCGAGGCGUUGACGAUGGUGACGGAGAAACGUGUACACUUUUAUGGAAGUCGCUGGAGCUCGAUUUGCAGGACAAUUUCGCCGCCCACGACGCCUAUGUCGGUGAGUGUGCUGCCGUAGCGAAGAAGCUAGGUCUCCUGGAGAACUCGCCUAAUUUCUGCGACUUUGUCACCCGUCUGUGGAUGGAGUGUGAAGGGCUGUUGCCUAAGGCUCUUAAGAGAGUUAAAGCAGUCACUUUAACUGAUCUCCAAGAGCCUCAAUUCACUCCGGAAGAAGUGAAACGGUUCGAACAGGGGGUGACCAAGUACGGCCUGGAGUUGUACCCCGUCUCCAAGAUGCUCAAAAGUCAGCCCACAUCGAUGGUGGUGAGGUACUACUACUUAUGGAAGAAGACCCCCAACGGGCGCCGUAUUUGGGGUGGGUUUGAAGGCCGUCGCCAUAAGAAGCUCCAAAACGUCGUCAGUGAAGAGAAAGCAGCCACCACUGCCAAUACUACUAAAAAUAAGGGGGACGAGCUUGCUGACCCUGACGAUGAUCUGGGCUACGACGAACAAAAGACAGUCACGUGUGCCAUGCAGUGCAAACACUGUGGUACCAAUCGGCUGACGAAGUGGUUCCGCGUCACUGGAGGUGGUGCCUCUACUGUUGAGGGUAGUCGUAAAAAAGGGCCAGUAUUUGGUCUUUGUCGCCGGUGUGCUCGUCUCUGGAGACGGUACGCCGUGAUGUGGGAAGACCCUGAAGAGAUUGAGCUACGCCUGCAAAAGCUUAGUAAGCGUCGCGUGGAGCCAGAGCUUGCUGCUGAUCUGGCCGCCAUCCUAGCCCACGGUCCCGAAACCGCUGAUGAGAUUCAGUCCGAUCUGCCUCUGAAAUCACAAUCGUCGCAAGCGUCAAAGGCGAGCUCAGUGGAACCGGUGGCUAAGGCUAAAGCGGUGUCUAAGAGGUCUCAACGAGCCCGGUCCCGUAAGAGAACAGCCCCUUCGCCUGAACCUACUGAACUGGCAGAGCCUGAAGCUACUCCGGACCCGUUACCUCCACCGACUCCUGAACCGGAACUUGAUGCUAGCCCAGUGAAAAAGGAGAAGAUGGUAACAGUGAAAGUGAAAGCCGAGUCUGAAACCGAGCCACGCCACAAGGCUAAGCGGGCUAAAUUACCCGAGGUUCCUCUUGACAUUACUGAACGCAACUUUUUGGUCAAUCCCAACUACAAGGAGCCCCUGGCGGAGCCUAAUAUUCUCAGAAUGAUCCAGGAAGGUGAUGCGUCGGCGGAGGAUAUCGCUGCUGGUCUCGCCCACUGGAAAAUCACCCAGAAGAUGUUGGAUACUGCCCACUUGAACCUGCUUUCCCUUCCUGAAGGCGUGGAGAUCGCCAUCCCGUCACUGGAUGUUAACGUUUGUCAAUUCUGCCAGAUACAAGCCGAACCUAAGGAGUUGCUUAUUUGCCUGUUGUGUCGCGUAAGUGUCCACCCUCUGUGUGCCGGUUUGCUGAUGCCAGACAAGCUUCCCAAGCCUGUGUACGAGUGGAUCUGCGAUGGGUGCACUAACGACAUCAAGCCCUUCCAGCUGCCCCAUUACACAUGCUGUUUGUGCCACAAGGAAGACGAGACAAAGGCAUUGCUCAAACCAGUGGUCGACUCUGGUCGCUGGUGCCACGUGGACUGUCUCGUGUACGCUUCGACUAAGGUGAUGUGGCGACCACCGCCUCCUAGUCUUCUCUCCAAAAGACGACCCACGCGCGCUGAACUCAAGAAGGCCACAAACGUCACCGAUUCCAUCACACCUGUGGUGGUGGUCGAUCUGGUGACGCUGGUGCUUGUGGCUAACCAUGACCGCAAAUGUAGCCUUUGUCACAAGGUUAACGGGACCUUGGUCACUUGUGAAUUCGACGGGUGUGACUUUUGCGUCCAUCCAACAUGCGCUAAGGGCGAUUCGAGAUUUGCCUUGGGGUUCGUCGUCGACCCUACGUCACCUGAGACUCAGGGCUCCGUGAGGGUAGAACCCGAGUCUGCGGAUAGCAGCGACGGCACUACACCAACAAAGGACGACAGCACCACCCCUGAAGCAAAAACGACCUCCGCUGCUGUCUCUAUCGGGAAAUUACGGCCGGCUCUUUGUUGUCGCGAUCAUGGCGAUAAAGAAGUGUUCUCAUGGCGGCACAAGGGCCGCCGAAGUGCCAACUCGGGGCCAGCUCGCCCGUUGAUCCAGUUGUUUUGGGAAGACACCUCGAAGCUCGUUACUAAGUUGACUGGGGCCCAGGCUCGUCUGGCACAAUACAUCGACAACUACCUUGCAUUCCAUAAGAAGUCGACUGGAUUUGACACGAACGUGGGCACUGGCAACACCUGUGCUAAAUGCAGCACCACCAUCAGUCCCAUUUGGUUUGGCACCGACGAAAAGGUGUGCUUGCGUUGUCACCAUGGCGUUAAAGCCGAAGAGUUGGGCGAUCAACUUAAGAAGACUUUAUUGCAGCCGUUGCUGGGGGAGAACUAUGGCAUCAUGGACGAUAACGAUAGAGUGACGGCUCCGGUUCCUCAGCAAAGCUGA